UCAGUCGCUGUGAGAGCCAUACACCCCUCACCUGCACGCACACAUAACACACAUACACCCACAUAAACGUUCGCCACACGCCUCCACGUCCUGCACCGUCCGCCUUCAUUCUUGCGCACAUCCCCUUCUGUGAUCUAACCGGAUGAGUUACCCGGUGGACACUAUAGGGAGUCCCUUCAGGAGAGUCAUGGACUCUAGAACGACCGGCUAUGGCUACAGCCGCUCCAGCGGCACCCCCUCCAGCGGCUUUCGGUCCCAGUCCUGGUCCCGGGCCAGUCCCGGCUCCACCGUGACCACGUCUUACAAGAAGAGUGUGAAUAUGCCGGUAACCAGAGCAUACAGCUCAGCGGUGCUGAGCUCCGCCGACAGCGUUGAUUAUAGUCAAACCUCUAUCCUGAACGGAGACUACAAGCGUUCUAAUGAGAAAGAGCAACUUCAAGGGCUCAAUGACCGGUUUGCAGUUUACAUUGACAAGGUGCACUACCUGGAGCAGCAGAACAAGCAGAUCGAGACGGAGAUCCAGGCACUGCGGCAGAAGCAGGUGUCGCGCUCCCAGAUGGACGACCUCUAUGACCAGGAGCUGCGGGAGCUGCGCUCGCUGCUGGAGCAAAUCCACCAUGACAAGGCACAAAUUCAGCUCGACACCGACCACAUCGAUGAGGAUAUCCAGCGAGUCAGGGACCGCUUUGAAGAAGAAGCUCGCAUACGAGAGGAGACGGAGGCCAUAAUUCGUGUCCUGAAGAAGGACACGAGCGACUCGGAGUUAGUGAAGUCUGAGUUGGAGAAGAAAGUUCAGUCGCUGCAGGAUGAAAUCGCCUUCAUCCGCAACAAUCACGAGGAAGAAGUCAGCGACCUCAUCGCCCAGAUUCAGGCGUCUCAGGUGACAAUGGAGAGGAAAGACCUCCAGAAGGCUGACAUCACCGAGGCUCUCCGGGAGAUCCGAAGCGAGCUGGAGGGCCACUCCAACCAGAACCUGCAGCAGGUGGAAAACUGGUUCAUGUGCCGCUACGUCAAGCUGACCGAGGCUGCAGAGCAAAACAAGGACGCCAUAAAGUCUGCCCGUGAUGAGAUAGCCGACUAUCGCCGCCAGCUGCAGUCCAAGACGGUGGAGCUGGAGUCUGUCCGCGGUACAAGAGACUCGCUGGAGAGACAGCUGAAUGAUAUCGAGGACCGCCACAACAGCGACCUGGCCAGCCUGCAGGAAACAAUUCACCAGCUGGAUAAUGAGCUCAAGAGCACCAAAUGGGAGAUGGCUCGUCACCUCCGCGAGUACCAGGACCUACUCAAUGUCAAGAUGGCCUUAGACAUUGAAAUAGCUGCAUACAGGAAACUCCUAGAGGGUGAGGAGACCCACUUCAGCACUUUCCCUUACCGCCAGACUGUCACCACUACUAAAAUCUCUAAGCCAAAGUCGGAGCCCACAAAGCUUAAGGUGCAGCACAAGUUUGUGGAAGAGAUCAUUGAGGAGACAAGGGUAGAGGAUGAGAAGGCUGAUAUGGAUGAGGCCCUGGCAGAGAUAGCACAAGAGCUGUCUGCCACACAGGAAGGAGAAGAGGGUGAAGAGGAGGAGGGGGAGGAGAAGGCAGAGGGAGAGGAAGCAGAGGGUGAGGGAGAAGAGGGAGAAGGAGAGGAGGGAGGAGAAGAAGAAGAAGUCGUAGCUGCUACUGAAGCCAAAGUUAGCUCUAGUGCACCCAGUAAGGAGGAAGAGGAGGAUGAAAAAGGUGGUGAAGAAGGAGAAGAGGGUGAGGGAGAAGGGGGUGAAGAAGGUGAGAAGGAAGAAGAAGGCGAGGGGGGUGGAGAGGGAGAGGAUGAGGGAGAAAAAGGGGAUGAAGCAGAGGGAGGUGAUGAAGAAGGAGAGGAAGGAGGAGAGGAGGAAGAAGUUGAGGAGACAGUGUUGUGCGCCAAAGCUCCAGAGUCUAAAGCCUCUCCUGACAAAGAGAAAGCUGGAGAUAAAGAGGGCAGUGGAGAAGAGGAGGGAGCAGGUGCUGAAGAGGAGGGUGGAGAUCAGGAUGAAGAUGCAGGUAGUGACAAAGCAUCCAAAAGUGGUGAUGAGAAAGAGGAAAAAGAGGAUGCAGGCACAAAGGAAGAUGAUAAGAAGGGAAAAGAUGAACCAGAAGACAAAUCAGAACCAGCUGUAACCCAGACAGAGGCUCCAAAAGCAGAAGCUACGAAGUCUGAGGCCAAGAAAGAAGAGGCUCCCAAAUCUGAGGAAGCAAAACCUGAAUCUCCAAAGAAAGAAGAAGCUCCCAAAACAGAGGGAUCAAAAUCUGACUCUCCCAAGUCUGAAUCCCCAAAGCCUGCCUCUCCCAAGUCUGAGUCCCCUAAGCCUACCUCUCCCAAGUCUGAAUCCCCUAAGCCUGCCUCUCCCAAGUCUGAAUCUCCUAAGCCUGCCUCCCCCAAGUCUGAAUCACCAAAACCAGAGUCUCCUAAAUCUGAAUCUCCCAAGCCUGCUUCUCCUAAAUCAGAGUCUCCAAAAGAAGGCUCACCAAAAGAAGCAUCCCCAAAAUCUAGCUCCCCAAAAGCUGAAUCCCCAAAGACCGAGACCGCAAAGCCUGUGGCUCCUAAGGCUACUGAAGACAAGUCUGAGAAAAAGAGCGACUCGACAGAAGAGAAGAAGGUAGAAACAAAAGAUGUUGCCAUGAACGGUGACAUAGACAAGAGUAGCCCUGGAGAGAAAGAGAAGAAGGAUGAAGGAAAAGAGGCUGAUGUGAUCACCAAUGGUGUAGAUGAGAGUCCUGUCAAGGAAGAUGGCAGCCAGAAAGUUGUGAUCACCAAGACUGUGGAGACAAUCACCACCGGAGAGGAUGGGUCAAAGCAUGUCACCAAAUCCGUCACUGUGACAGAAACAGUGAAGGAGAUGGAGGAGAGUCUGCCAGAGAAGGUGGUCUCUGCAUGCUAGCUCAGGGGAGGGGAAUACUUUCCUCUCUGUAUGGUAGAAAUACAUCUUAAAAAGAGUAAACAUUGGAAGGGAAUCAAUAAACAAUAUUAUUGUCGAGAGGAUUUUUGAGUUUAAGCAAAAGGAGGGACGGGCAGGUGGGAGGGUCCUCGAUGCAGACAUGUAUUCUACUGAAGAAGCCUUACUUGAGAUGUGAAGAUACCAACUGAGCCAAAAAGAAACUAACAGCAAACACACAGCCGACAGUGAUGAAAGAGAUGGACAAUGAUAUGAUAAACACAGUACCAUAUACAUCCAUUUACCGAAGCAGAUAAAGCUUAAGAAACCUGAAGAAACUCCUAGCCUUAAACAUGCUUUUUAUCAGUGUCUGUUAUGUUUACCUGAGUGCAACAAAAAAAAAAUACUGUAAAUGCUAGAAAUAUGCAUUUCUGUAUGCAUAGGAUGGACUUGAAUUUAAAUACAGAAUUAAUGAGGUGCUACUGUUUGCAAUCCCAUGACUUUACUCAUUAUGAACAAUUUCCCAGCAGCAUUUGCUCAAUAAAUGUCAUAACGAUGUUCAAAAACA